UCGCAGUGCUGACAGCGAGUGAUUUAGAGGAGAAGUACAGCCCUCUGCCCUUUUAAGUCUGUUAAGUGACUCUUCAGGUGUGCAUGCAGAAAACCUGUGCUCAGGAAAGAACAGAAUAUUUAUAUCUAGAAAAAGUUUUAAAAAGAUCUUGUGACUUAGCAUCUGCAUUUAGGUCUUUAUUGUCCCAAAGCUGUGUGUGUGAGAUUGUAACAGAAUGGGUGUGUGUUGCGGGGAGAGAGAGGGAGAAAAGAGAAAGAGAGAGAUAAAUAGAAACAGAGAGGGAGAGAGACAGAGACAGUGGGAGAGAGAGAGGGAGAGGGAACAGCGCAAAGGAAGAUUCCUUCAGGAAAACAUCCUAGGGAGCCAGAGGGCUCAGGGCAGCUCAGCUCCGGCAGGCUUUCUAGGCCCCACCUCCCUUCCCUCUCAUCAUAACUUGUGAUCUGAGAGGCAUGAAAGAAUCUGAGCCCUUCCCCCAGCCUCACCCUCUCCCUGGGCUGCUCAGCCAGGCUCCAAGUCAAAACCAGCUCACAAGUCGGAGGGGCCACGCAGGAGGUGGCCGGCUGCAGGCAGGUUCCUCACCCAGUGGCCAUGGGCGGCAACAGUGGACAGCCAGGCACGCACACCUACAGAUCCCUCGCCGAGGACGGCCCCUUGGCCGCGGGGGAGCCGCCCAGGAGACCCACAGGCCGGCUCAUCAUGCACAGCAUGGCCAUGUUCGGCCGGGAGUUCUGCUACGCCGUGGAGGCGGCCUACGUGACCCCCGUGCUGCUCAGCGUGGGCCUGCCCAAGAGCCUGUACAGCGUGGUGUGGCUCCUCAGCCCCAUCCUGGGCUUCCUGCUGCAGCCCGUGGUGGGGUCGGCCAGUGACUACUGCCGGGCUGGGUGGGGCCGCCGCAGACCCUACAUCCUGGCCCUGGGCGUCAUGAUGCUCCUGGGCAUGGCUCUGUACCUCAACGGGGACACCGUGGUGUCAGCGCUGAUAGCUGACCCACGGAGGAAGCUGAUCUGGGCCAUCACCAUCACCAUGAUGGGUGUGGUUCUCUUUGACUUUGCUGCGGACUUCAUUGACGGGCCCAUCAAAGCCUACUUGUUUGAUGUCUGCUCUCACCAGGACAAGGAGAGGGGCCUCCACUACCACGCCCUCUUCACAGGUUUUGGAGGUGCCCUAGGCUACCUGUUGGGUGCCAUCGACUGGGCCCACCUGAAACUGGGAAGAGUGCUAGGUACGGAGUUCCAGGUCAUGUUCUUCUUCUCCGCCUUGGUCCUCACUCUGUGUUUCAUCAUUCAUCUGUGCAGCAUCCCUGAAGCCCCACUUAGAGACACUGCAAAGGACAGUCUCCUGCAGCAAGCCCCCCAGGACCCGCCAUUGUCAUCAGACAAAACGUAUGAGUAUGGGUCUAUCGAGAAGGUUAAAAACGGUUACGUACACUCAGAGCUGACGGUGCAGGGAGAAAAAACCAAAAAUCCUGCUAAACAGAUUCAGAGGACAAUGACCAUGAAGUCACUGCUGAGGGCACUGGUGAACAUGCCUUCCCACUACCGCUGCCUUUGCAUCAGCCACCUCAUUGGAUGGACCGCCUUCCUGUCCAACAUGCUGUUUUUCACAGAUUUCAUGGGCCGGAUCGUGUACCAUGGGAAUCCCUAUAGUGCACACAACUCCACCGAGUUUCUCAUCUACGAAAGAGGGGUUGAGGUCGGAUGUUGGGGCUUGUGCAUCAACGCAGUGUUUUCCUCACUCUAUUCUUACUUCCAGAAAGCUCUGGUGUCCUACAUUGGAUUAAAGGGUCUUUACUUCAUGGGGUACCUGCUGUUCGGCCUGGGGACAGGAUUUAUCGGGCUCUUCCCGAAUGUCUACUCCACCCUGGCACUGUGCGCCUCGUUUGGCGUGAUGUCCAGCACCCUGUACACCGUGCCCUUCAACCUCAUGGCCGAGUACCACCGCGAGGAGCAGGAGGAGCAGAAGCAGAAGGCCCGGGCCGGGGCCCCGGACAGCGACGGCCGCGGGCAGGGCCUGGACUGCGCCACCCUCACCUGCAUGGUCCAGCUGGCCCAGAUCCUGGUCGGAGGGGGCCUGGGCUUCCUGGUCAACAUGGCCGGGAGCGUGGUCGUCGUGGUGAUCUCGGCCUCGCUGGUGGCGCUGAUGGGCUGUUGCUUUGUGGCUCUCUUUGUGAGAUACGUGCAGUAGGUCAAUAAAGAGACGCUGUCCCCCACCUCAGGCGCAGGGGCGCGCCCGGCAGGAAAUCAGUCUCUCCUUGGGCUCCGCAGCCCUGGGGUCUGCCUGCUGCCAGCUGGGGCUGUGACUGCGGCUGCAGCGAUGUGCCCGCCCACUCUCACCCAGCUCCCCCCACAGCUGUCCCCACAUUGCAGGCACCACUUGUCCCGGGAGAGACUGAACUACCUCUCCAUCAGGUGAGGCACCCACACGCCCCUUUCUCGCUGUGUCUCAGGGCAGGGUGGAGAGGUGGGCUGUUUUCCAUGGGGCCUCUCAGGUCUUGAGGAAACCUGAGAAGCAGAUGAAUUCACACAUGACUCCUGGAUUUAU